AUGAGCGGGAUCGCUGCGCGCUCAAUACACCCCCUGUCGUGGCCGCGGUCGUUCCUGCCGCGCGUGAUGAGCUCGCGUCCGUCGAAGAGGCGCGCGGCCGAGGCGCGAGGGGAGGGGGCAGAGGCGCAUGAACGGACCCUGUUCUACGUCGCAGGGUCGAUGUUCGCCUGGCGGGUCCUCAUCGCCCUCAGAGAGAAGAAGAUUCCCUUCACGCCGCGACUGCUGUCGCUGGAAAAAGGCGAGCUCAAGUCGCAGGAAGUGUUCGAGGUCAACCACCGCAUGCAGUCCCCGAGCUUCCGCGACGUCGGCGGGAACUGCGUGAACGAGUCCAUGGCCGCGCUGCAGUACCUGGAGGACUCCUACACCCCCCCCACCUACCCUGCACUGCUCCCGCCAACAUCCGACCCGGCAGCACGCGGGCACGCCCUGCAGAGGCUGCACGAGGCGGCGGUGUUGACGUUCAAGCAGCGCGCGGUGCGACAGAGCGUGUUCGGGAUGCCGCCGUUCGAGGAGAUCGACAUCACGACGGAGCCUGGCAGGACGCGCCACGCCGAGCUCACCACCGCCCUAAUAGACGAAAUGCGAAUAUGGGAGAAGUAUCUAUCUGAGGGUGCGUACGCGGCGGGGAACGAGGUGACGCUGGCGGACUGCGUGCUGGCGACGGACCUGAUCUUCAUGCGGCGUCUGGGGUGCGACUUCUCCGUGUUCCCGGCGCUCGAGCGGUACGUGAACGCGAUGGAGGCGCGGGAGACGUUGCGCGCGGACUGGCCGCCGCACUGGACGAAGCCGGCGGGCGAGAAGUGGCGAUCGGUGUUCUCGAGGGUCGCGGAGCUCGCUGCGUCGCAGGGCGAACCGCCGGGUCCGUGA